AUGUCUCGACACAAGUUAGUGAAAGCUCUAGACUUGGACGAGGAGCUUGAUGACUUCGAUGGAGGCGCCGAUUCUGAUUAUGGGGAGGAGGUCGGUGCCGAGGAUAAAGAGCACUUACGUCUAGGCACUGCUAAAGUACGGGAUGUACUCGGACCGGAAGUAUCCAUCACCGACAGGGAGAUUGAGGAUUCAUUAUGGCAUUACUACUACGAUGUUGAUAAGACUACGCCUAAGAAGGCGAGGAAACAGAAGGUGAAUUCGGACGUCAAUAAAUCAGAUGACUUUUUCCGCGAUUCUCCGUGGCUCAACAUCCCAGAGGACCGCCGUGGAGAAAUUCUUAUUGAGCCUUUAUAUCCUCGAGGUAGAUUAAUGGGGGGCUCAUCAAAGUCGGAUGGUGCCCCAAAGUCCAAACUUGCUGCUCUAGCUGCGGCUCGCAAGAAGAAAGAGAAUCAAAGGGCCGAAGAUGGACAGAAUGCCACAAACUCCGUUGCUCUUCUGGACAAGCUUAGUGGCAAGCCACGACAAGGAAAGCCCGAUUGUGCUUCAGACAUAUCGAGCCCCAAACCUUUGAUUGCGAUCACCGAGCAGACUAUGAACGAGCAACCGAGGAAAUAUCCAAGGCGAAAGUCAAAAGGGCUGAAGUCGCCACAGGAUGAUCAGCCAGCAAAGGAGGCUUUUAAGAAGUCGGAUUCUCUGGCUAGUCCAGACGUCGACAAACAGCCUGAGAUCACACCGGCAGCAGACCCAUCAGUAUUUGCACAGACCAUCUUUGCCGCCCCUGCAGUGUCACAACAGCAUGAUCUUCAGACUUCAGAUCGUUAUGUGUUAGGUCCUGAUACAUAUGCUGAAUUUGAUUUUGCAGGACCAAGCCCUGAUGACGUUGUCACAAAAGCGCAAAACACUAAAAGACCAACCCAAAAGCCGGUCAAACAGCCACCACAGCCUUCAUCCGGCGAUGAAAGCGUCAAUGCUAUUUUCCAAGGCGUAGGGGUUGUUGCUAUUGAAGAGCCCAAGGUGAAGGGGAAGAACCUCGAUGUCAUGGCGGAAUUCGAAAGGUCGAAGCCCAAGAACGCCGCGAACUUUGUGGUAAUUGGCCAUGUUGACGCGGGAAAGAGUACAUUGAUGGGUCGUCUCCUUUAUGAUCUGAAAGUGGUCGACCAAAGGACUCUGGACAAGUACCGCAAAGAAGCCGAAAGGAUCGGUAAAGCAUCGUUCGCUCUAGCCUGGGUGCUAGAUCAGGGCACCGAAGAGCGAAGUCGUGGCGUCACCAUCGACAUUGCCAUGAACAAGUUCGAAACAGAAAGUACCAGCUUCACAAUCCUCGAUGCCCCAGGUCACCGAGACUUCAUACCCAAUAUGAUCGCUGGGGCCAGCCAAGCCGACUUCGCCGUCCUUGUCAUUGACGCCAGCACAGGAAACUUCGAAUCGGGUCUCAAAGGCCAGACCAAAGAACAUGCCUUGCUCGUCCGCAGCAUGGGUGUCCAACGCAUCGUUAUCGCAGUCAAUAAAUUAGACACCAUUCAAUGGUCCCAAGACCGCUUUGAUGAAAUAUCCCAGCAAGUCUCCGCCUUCCUCACAACCGCAGGCUUCCUAGCAAAAAAUCUCGCUUUGGUCCCAUGCGCAGGCCUCACAGGCGACAAUAUUGUCCGCAAAGCAGAAGACCCUCAAGCUUCGUGGUAUACCGGCGCUCCGCUCAUUUCACUACUUGAAUCCUCUGAGCCCGUCACCCGUGCCCUGGAAAAACCUCUACGCAUGACCGUUGAUGACAUCUUCCGUGGUGGCGUGCAGAAUCCCCUUUCUAUCUCCGGCAGACUGGAUGCUGGCAAUGUCCAGAUUGGCGACACUGUUGUCAUAAUGCCCGCCAGCCAGACUGCCUCCAUCAAAGGCCUUGAAGUCGACUCAGAACCCUCAGACUGGGCCGUAGCUGGCCAGAAUGUCAUACUGCAUCUCGCAGACAUCGAAGCCAAAUACCUGAAAUCUGGCGACGUCGUCUGCCCACCUGCCGUCCCCAUUCAAUGCGUCACGUCGUUCACAGUUAAGAUACUAGCAUUCGAGCAUAUCACACCAAUGCAUUGCGAAGUUCACAAAGGAAGGUUGCAUGCGCCAGGGAGGGUCACAAAACUGGUGGCCCAGCUGGAUAAGGCGUCUGGUGCUGCUGUCAAGGGGAAGAAACCUAGAUUGAUUAAGCCAGGAAGUGUAGCGAGGGUGCAUGUUGAGGUAGAUGAUCCCAUUCCGUUGGAGCAGGGAGGGAGAGUCAUUUUGAGAGCCGGCGGCGAGACUAUAGGAGCAGGGCUUGUGGAGUGA